UGCGCACCUUUUCGCCUCAGUACCAGCGCGGUACCUCAGAUUGAGAACAACAAAAACAUGUCCGAGAGGUUGAACCGUUACUAGCUACAGCCGACUGCUGUCACCGCAACAAGUCGUCACUUCGACGGACUGCUAUAUGAUUCCCGUCGUGACAACGGCCGACAACCCAGAAAGAUGGCACAGAAAGCACUGGGAUCCAUUGUUGGUCUUCUUUGCACCGGGACCUAUCUUGUGCAGGGGAAGGAGUUCUGUUUUGGGGUAAACAAUGAGCAGUACCGCUGUGAGAUGGGGUACUGCUGUGGUGAAACAGAAUGCUGCACUUACUACUAUGAACUCUGGUGGUUCUGGUUGGUAUGGACCUUAAUCAUCAUGCUGAGCUGCUGUUGUGCCUAUCGACACCGGAGGGUUAAAAUGCGUCUUCAGCAGGAGCAGCGCCAGCGUGAGAUCAGUCUCAUGGCCUACCAAGGAGCCUCCAGCUCCUUUAUUUCACCUCCACCUCUCAAUUUAAGAUUUUGGAAUGACUGCAAGCUUCCUGACUAUGAAGAGGUAGUUGGCCACCCUCCGACACCUCCUCCUCCUUACUCUGAAAACCCUCCUGAGUGUAUCCCUGUAGUCGUUCCACAAGUGAACCAGCCGGACGCUUCUUCUGUGCCACAACCCCUUGCCGAGGCUGAGCCGAGGGUGGACUGUCAGGCCUCCGGUUCGUCAUCAGACCAGGAGGCGGUGUCGCUCCCAAUCCAAGUACAGUGUGCGGCAGAGGAGAAUGUAGAGGCGGCAGAGGAGGACGAGGAGCUUGUGACUCGGCGUCGGCACGUAACCGGCGACUCAGGGAUUGAGGUGUGCGUUUGCCAGCUUGACGUAGACGAAGGCUCAGGCCUUGAGGAGGAAAGCGAAGAGGAGCAGCGUAUGUGUAAGGUCGCCGGGAGGGACUGCUGCUCCGCCCCCCAACAGCAAACCUUAAGACAGAAGGAGCAUGCCUCAGAGCUGCCUAGCCAGACUAGCACCAGCAAUGGAGACCACGUGGUGUGAUCCACAGCGUAACCAACCAGCCAACUGGUGCAGCUUCCACAACCACAGGGAGACCGUCUUGUGUUUUAAUUCUCUAAACUAACUAACAUAGACAUUACAUCUAGGUGAUGAUGAUAAUGAUAAAUAAUCCCUAAUAGCUCCAAAAAAAAAUUAUUGUAAUGUGUGGACAAUUUUUUUUCUUUGCUUUUCUAAUUGGGGAGCAAGCAAUCAUGUGUUGUAGCCCCAUUACGUGUUUUUAUUUAAUACUAACCAUGAGAAAGUUAUUGGGUGGUUAGAAGACAGCAGUUGAUUGUGAACCAGAAUUGACGUCAUUGUGACUGUCCUUUAGCCCUGCUGUCAUAUUUCAGGCCUUGGUCAAAACAUCUCCAACCAUCCUUCCUGUCAUUCAGGAGGCAAUCAUUCAGGAGUGUAUCAACGCAGUCAGCUGCAUUCCUCUCGUAUCUGCCCCCCCCCAGCUACAACUAAGCAGAGGAAGCAACAGCAAACAUCUCGAAACUGUAGGAUGAGACUGGAUGACAUCAACAACAGAUUAUUUUUAAUUUUCCCCAAAGCUCUGUGCGUGCAAGACUGCGGCCUCUGCUGUGAAAUCCAGGGCACAGCUGCGUAGUGAUGUCAUGUCUGAGGUCAUGAUAACCAGCAUCUGGUGUGAAGACUUUGGGACUCGAGCGAGGAAGGCCGUACACUCACUGGUGGAAGAGCAAAGAGUUUAGUUCAUUCUUAGGAUGCUGAAUGGCACACGAACCCCCCUUUUUAGACGACUUUCUCCUCACCCUUUGUGCAGUCUCCUCGGCCAUGUCACCAACAGUCACCAUGACAUUUGGGAUACUCAGCAUUUCAGCGGUUUAUGGAUUGUGUGCAUGUAAUCUCACUCUGGUUGUAGAUUGCAUUAAAUCCAUAGUAGUGAUGCCACCAAACUUAUUACUUAAUAAAAAAGCCUUGCGGUGGCUCUGUAUUGCCGUGCUCAGUACAUAGUUUGGAUGUUCAUAUAAAAGAAUGCGGUUUUCAUUUCGUAGCCAGCUGUGCUUCAGUAAAUGCCACAGGUGUCACUUUUAAUUGCAACAAAGCUCCAAACAGGGGCUGCUGGAGUGCGUCGUAGUAGCGGUUGUAGUGCUUGGGUGUUUCAGUGCAGUAGGGAAACAUUGAGAUGUGUGUCUGUGUGUAUAUCUUUCAAAGUGCUGUGUUGCCUGGUUGAAAAGACUGAGGUGAGGUUACUAUUAAAAGCACUGGUGUUUUGCAUGAGGCAUGGUUUAUAUGUGUUUAUAUAUGAGCUCAUUUGUAUCCUGGGAGGAGAUGUGGAUCUCUUUUGGGUUUCUGUCAGAAAGAAAUCAUCAGCUAAAUCAAACAUGCGGAGCUACCCGCCUGUGGCGACCCCCUUGUGAAUAAGGGGACGGCCGAAAGUAGCGUUUUAGAAUUUUCUAGUACUUGUGCUACUUGCUUUGCUUAUUAUUUUGUUGCAGUAAUAAUGACUGCACAAGUUUGAGCCCCGAUGUCGGGGGAAAGAAAGGGACUGAGGUUUAACAUUAGCUGUCUGGAUCUAAUAUUUUUGUGUUGUUUUGACUGUGUGAGCCAUGUCGUGCUGAUAGCUUGUUAGCUCAGGCUGCCUUGGCUCUCUACCUGGCCCCUGUAACUCUUGGCAGUGUGAGGGGAUUUGCAGUGGUAUUUUCCAUUGGCAGCAGAGGGCCCGGUGCAUUAGCAGGUUGAGAUGGAUGCAGGCUGUCCUCUGCAGUCAAUUCGGUGUUGGUACAGCAGCCAAAUCUAUUGUGACUGACUGCAUGCUGCUUGCGCCGCACACCAUGCAGUUUGUGUUUAGUCAAACCGGUUGUAGUCAGAUUUAGAAAUUCUUGUCUGUGCAAGAUGAGCAGUAACUGAUAAGUUAGUAAAUAUUUCAUUGAGAGUUUAUUUUGGAACAACGGUGAAUAACUUUUUGUCUGCUCUGAUAGCACGUGUCCAAACGGACACAGUGUAGAGACUCAGGUCAGUCAGUCUGCUUCACACACGCACUCACCAAGUCCUGCUUCCAUUUGGCCUUUAUCACCAGUAAACGUCUCGGUGCAGUACUCUCUGUUCUAGAUGAUUUCACCAAGGGUAACAAUCGUUCACAUGCACUCUCUUGUCUGUCUGAUGUUGCUUCACAAUCUUCACAUGUUUUGAUUUUUCCUUUAAAUACCAUAGAGUUAGAAGACAUUUCCAUCUGGCAAAGCGGGGAACAAAGGCUAGCAUUUCAAGCUUGCUGGUUAUAUUUAUGCGGCUUUGCGUGCUUCUUUAUUUUCAGUGCUGAAUGAACUCUGACAAGGACACGUUUGAACUGAACAUUGUUGGCCCUUCUAGCAGAACACAACACUUGAGUUCUGUGCACAAAUAUGUAAUUUUAGGCAGCUCUGUGGCUCAUGAAUCAGUUUCGUUUUUUCCCCCCAGCUAGCAGCAGCCUGUUCUGGUUGUGGCUGUGCAUGCUAAAAAAACCGAAAACAAGUGGGCCACUGCGUCAGGCGUGUGAGAGCAGAAUGAAAAUAUGUGAAUGCACAGCUGCCUGAAAUUUCAUAUUCAUUUAAAUGGGCGUCUUUAAACUUGCUGCGAUGGCGUUAUGCAAGAUUAGUUAGAGGUUCGCAGUCCGUGUGCUGUGCGGUCGAGCCGGUGCUUUAACAUGAAGCCAUACUAACACGACAGCGACCUUAUCAGAGGAGCAGUCACACUGUGAGCAUGGCUGCACACCCAUUAGCAUAAAUGAUAAUAGACAUUUUGUUUGCCAACACACCUCGAGCUGCCUUGGUGCAUUUAUACAGAGCAAAUGUCUUGAUUAAGGAGCUGCACAGUAAAAUAUAAAUUAUAACCUCUUUGUGCGGAAGCAGAUGUGAUACUGCCUUAUUAAAGUAGACUAAUAGUCAGGGUUUUUUUUCCUGUGGUAACAUUUGUUUUUGAAGCGUGGUUGCUGUAGCUAGAAUAUACAUUUCUGAGAAAAGUGUGCUUGUGUCUUAGAAAAGGAUGUGGUGGGUAAACAUUAAAAAGCCACAAGAUUUGAACUGUUCUGUACAGCGUUGUUACCGGAGGGGCGGUUGUAGUGACUUUAAAAUCUGUGUGUAGUUAGCUGUGGCACUGACGGAGUAUGUUCAGACCACGUAGUUUGUGCUCAGUCUGUUUUAGCUUUUUUUUCUCCUCUCUUUGAGGUGGCUGUUGGUUUAUUUAGUGAAAUAUACUCAGUUGAAAGCAUGAGAAGAGUAGAAAAUGUCCUCGUUGUUUUCUAUGGCUUGUUUUCCAUUUGAAGGACAAAAACUGACUCCAGAAGAGUUUUUUUUUGUUUGUUGCUAAGGUGGAUCUUUUCUUAUUUGUAUACAUAUUUAGGGUAAUAACAGA